AUGGCAGGAGAUCAGGCGCAAUUUUACCAAUUACUAAAUACAAUAUUGUCUAUAGAUAAUGACAUCAGAACCCAGGCAGAAAAAGUAUACAAUGACAUCCCAACUGAAACUAAAGUAGUACAUUUAGUCGGUGCUAUUCAAAAUGCUGAUCUUGGUCAAGAAUGUAGGGAAACAGCUGCAGUGCUCCUGCGGCGGCUGCUUAGUGCGGAAUUCUUUGAAUUCUUCCCAAAACUUCCUUUUGAACAACAAGCAAUGCUUAGGGAACAACUCCUUCUUACACUACAAAUGGAUGUCACCCAAAGUCUAAGACGUAAGAUAUGUGAUGUAGUAUCAGAGUUAGCCAGAAAUCACAUUGAUGAUGAUGGAGUUAAUCAAUGGCCUGAAUUUCUUCAGUUUAUGUUCAAUUGUGCCAGUGCACAAGAUCCCAAUAUAAAAGAAGCUGGCAUUCGAAUGUUUACGUCUGUACCAGGAGUAUUUGGUAAUCGACAAAAUGAAAACCUGGAUGUUAUCAAGAGAAUGCUGCUCUCAGCCCUCCAGCCAACAGAGUCUGAAGCAUUACGCAUGCAAGCAGUCAAGGCUGUGGGAGCUUUCAUUUUGCUCCAUGAUAAAGAACCAGCUAUUCAGAAACAUUUUAGUGAUUUACUUCUGCCUUUUAUGCAGGUUGUGGUACAAUCAAUUGAAAAAGCUGAUGAUGAUGCAGCACUAAAAGUUCUUAUUGAACUGGCGGAAUCUGCGCCUAAAUUUCUACGCCCACAAAUAGAAACUAUUUUCCAAGUUUGCAUUAAAGUUAUUGGUGAUACUGAUCAAGAAGACAACUGGCGUCAAUUAGCAUUAGAAGCCCUUAUUACUCUAUGUGAGACUGCACCAGCUAUGGUACGCAAGGUUGUACCGAAUGCAAUUAGAAUGCUUACUCCACUUAUAUUAGAGAUGAUGUGUGAAUUAGACGAAGAACCCGACUGGUCUGUGCAGGAUAAUGCUGCUGAUGAUGACAAUGAACUUAAUUAUGUCGCAGCGGAAUCAGCAUUGGACCGUAUGUGCUGUGGGCUUGGAGGCAAGAUAAUGUUAGGUCUCAUUGUGGGCCAAGUACCUGAAAUGUUGAGCUCGGAAGAUUGGAAACGACGCCACGCGGCGUUGAUGGCCGUCUCUUCUGCUGGUGAAGGAUGCCAUAAACAGAUGGAACAGAUGUUGGACCAAGUUGUCUCAGCUGUUCUUAACUAUUUAACUGAUCCACAUCCACGUGUACGCUACGCCGCAUGUAAUGCAGUUGGUCAGAUGUCAACAGAUUUUGCACCAAUAUUUGAAAAAAAAUUCCAUGAUAAAGUUGUACCUGGAUUAUUGAUGGUGCUUGAAGAUAACGCGAAUCCUCGUGUGCAGGCCCAUGCAGCAGCUGCUUUAGUCAACUUCAGUGAAGAUUGUCCUAAGCCAAUCUUAACACAGUAUUUAGGACCACUAAUGAACAAGCUUGAAGCCAUCCUAACUGCCAAAUUUAAAGAGUUGGUAGAAAGUGGCACAAAGCUUGUUUUGGAACAAAUCGUGACCACCAUUGCUUCAGUGGCUGACACAGUGGAGAAAGACUUUGUUGAUUAUUAUGACAGGUUGAUGCCAUGCCUUAAGUAUAUCAUUGCGAAUGCAACUACUGAUGAUUUCAAGAUGCUAAGAGGCAAAACUAUUGAAUGUGUCAGUCUUAUUGGUUUGGCUGUUGGAGAAGAGAAAUUCAUGUCAGAUGCAUCAGAGGUAAUGGACUUGCUCUUGAAAACACAUACCGAGGGAGAGCAGUUACCAGCUGAUGAUCCACAAACUUCCUACUUAAUUUCGGCUUGGUCUAGAAUUUGCAGGAUAAUGGGCAAGAAAUUUGCUCAAUAUUUGCCAAUGGUCAUGGAACCAGUAAUGCGCACCGCCGCCAUGAAGCCGGAAGUUGCUCUAUUAGAUAAUGACGACCUUGAGGUCAUUGAAGGAGACCUUGACUGGCAUUUUGUCACAUUGGGUGAACAACAAAACUUUGGCAUUAAAACUGCAGGUCUUGAAGACAAAGCCUCUGCGUGCGACAUGUUAGUGUGCUAUGCACGAGAACUCAAGGAAGCUUUUGCAGAAUAUGCUGAAGAUGUUGUAAAGCUAAUGGUACCAAUGCUUAAAUUCUAUUUCCACGAUAAUGUACGCACUGCCGCCGCCGAGUCGCUCCCUUACUUGCUGGAGUGUGCUCGCAUCCGUGGUCCGCAAUAUAUACAGGGAAUGUGGGCAUAUAUACUGCCAGAGUUAUUGAAAGCUAUUGAUUCCGAACCAGAGCAAGAAGUGCAAGUGGAACUUCUAAACAGUCUAGCUAAGUGCAUUGAGCUAUUGGGCACAGGAUGCUUGUCUGAUGAAAUGAUGGCUGAAGUUCUUCGCAUUCUAAAUAAACUUCUUACAGAACAUUUCGAACGUGCCACUGAACGUCGUCAGAAACGGGCCGAUGAAGACUAUGAUGAGGUUGUUGAAGAACAACUAGCUGAUGAGGAUAAUGAAGAUGUGUACGGACUUUCCCGCGUGGCGGAUGUUUUGCACGCGCUCAUGUCCGCUUACCACGAAAGUUUCUUCCCGCAUCUCGACUCUCUUCUUCCACACCUCGUACAACUGCUAGCCCCUGGACGCCCUUACGCUGAUAGACAGUGGGCUAUUUGUAUUUUCGAUGAUGUCAUUGAGUUUGGAGGUCCGGCAUGUGUAAAGUACCAAGACAUAUUCCUUGAACCUAUGCUUAAUGGAUUACGGGAACCAGAACCUGAAGUAAGACAAGCCGCUGCCUACGGAUGCGGAGUUCUCGCCCAGUUUGGUGGACCACAAUUUGCUAGCGCUUGUGCUAGAGCUGUACCACUACUGGCUGCUCUUAUCGCCGAACCUACCUCCCGUUCUGUAGAAAAUCUAAACGCAACCGAAAACGCCAUCUCUGCUGUCACUAAGAUCAUUAAAUAUAAUCAUUCGCAAAUAAAUAGGGACGAAAUUAUAAGGCAUUGGUUGACUUGGCUCCCAGUAGUUGAAGACACAGAAGAAGCACCCCAUGUAUACUCAUUGCUUUGUGAACUGGCAGCAAGUGGUCACGCAGCACUGGCGACUCCCGACGCGCCUCAAAGGGUCAUCGCUACAAUUGCAGAAGCAUUCCUGCGAGACGCUGUGCCUGAUGAUAAUCCCGUAUUUGCACAGAUGGUAGCCCUCGUCAGACAGAUACAGAGUAAUACUGAGCUAUUCAACUCAUGUGUAAUGCAGCUGAGCAACGAGCACAAGGAGGCUCUAAAGUUGGCGCUUUCCACA